CUUGGAUAUAGAUGAUGGGUUCGAUCACCACCGUGUCAAGCAGCAGGACCCUCCAUCAAAGGUGAAUGUUAAGGAACAAAUACAUGAUAGCUUCCUUGAUCUCGCGCGAGAGUCAUUUGACGGCUCGCGUAGUGAUGACCCAUAGCGACACCUUAUUCUCUUUCUCAACAACGGAUGCGGUACAUAUCCUAUCUUUAUGUUCUUAUUUGCUAUAUACUAUACCUUAAGCAUGUGUUUUUUAUCGUUUUCGUCGGCUUUCCGUCCCAUUGUUUUAAUAUAGUCGCAACAACCCUAUCAGGUUAUACGUUCGUAUACCACCCUCCUUUACAUUCCUCCGUGUACCUCCAACAUUCACUACGGCCAGUGGCCGGAACCGUAUAUUUCCCUUCUCUCCCACCUUAAGCAAAGCAUUCAAAUGGUUGUUCCGUGGUAGAAGUA